AUGCAGAAGGAAAAGGGGGAAAAUACCCUGAAAAGAAGAGACAAGAAGCUGUGGGAGGGUGAGAAGGAGACUGUGAAGGAGAGGAGAGGAGAGAAGAGACUGGAGAGACAGCAACAACUGCCUGUACAGGGCUUGCCUUACAGUCUCUGGGUUUUUUCUUUGCAGUUCAUGGCCCAGGGGAAAGCUGGGGGCAGCUCCCCUCCGUCUGCACCCCCAAAACCUGGCAGCCAGUUGGACAGUAUGUUGGGAAGCCUCCGGUCUGGCCUGAACAAACUGGGAGUAGCUACCGUUGCCAAAGGUGUUUGUGGAGCCUGCAAGAAACCAAUUGCUGGACAGGUCGUCAAAACCAUGGGGAAAACCUGGCACCCAGAGCACUUCGUUUGCACCCACUGCCAGGAGGAAAUUGGGUCACGCAACUUUUUUGAACGCAAUGGUCAGCCCUACUGUGAGAAGGACUAUCAUAAUCUCUUCUCCCCUCGCUGCUACUACUGCAACGGGCCCAGCCUCGACAAAGUGGUGAAAGCCCUGGACAGGACAUGGCACCCAGAACACUUCUUUUGUGCGCAGUGUGGCGCUUUCUUUGGACCUGAAGGGUUUCACGAGAAGGAUGGCAAAGCCUAUUGCCGCAAGGAUUACUUCGACAUGUUCGCUCCGAAGUGUGGGGGCUGCGCCCGGGCCAUCUUGGAAAAUUACAUCUCUGCCUUGAAUACCCUGUGGCACCCUGAGUGCUUUGUCUGUCGGGAAUGUUUCACGCCGUUCAUCAACGGCAGCUUCUUUGAGCAUGAUGGGCAGCCCUACUGUGAGGUGCAUUAUCACGAACGCCGCGGCUCGCUGUGUUCCGGCUGCCAGAAGCCCAUCACGGGACGCUGCAUCACCGCCAUGGCCAAGAAAUUUCACCCAGAACACUUUGUCUGUGCCUUCUGCCUCAAGCAGCUCAACAAAGGAACCUUCAAGGAACAGAAUGACAAGCCCUACUGUCAGAACUGCUUCCUCAAACUCUUCUGCUAGACGCAUCCUAGCUGGGAACGGAGCAUCUUUCUGCCCCCUCACUAGGCAGCCGAGUCUCUCUGAGCAUUACUGUGAUUUAGAAACCUU